GAACCUGAUACUCUCCCUGCGAUUCCUGCCAUCUUCAGGUCAAGCAAACCCCUUACCGCCACACGGCAGCUUGUUGUUUUGCUGUUUUAUGAUCGGUUCCAAUUAGCGCCUAUCCUCUUUCUUUUUCGUGAUGAGCCAAUUAGGAUUUUUAUCCCCAAAUCGAAACCAAGUUAAGUAGGAGUACAUAGAUUAGAUUAGAGAGUGGAGUUAGGUAUUUUCGCGUCACGACGAUGACCGGCGACAGUUGGUCGUCGUUGAGGAGAUUGAAUUCUUAACCAGUGGAUUACGUGAGGAAGACCGUCUCUCCUCCGCCGCGAGGAGGAGGAAGACGACGAGGUCAGCCGGUGGCCAACCGGAGCUCCAUCGGCUGACCCACUUCUCCCUAUCCACAGCUUUUUCUGUCUCUCGUCUCGUACUCUCGUGUGCACAUAAAAUUCUUCGUCCACCACUGCCUCCCCCGCGAGCCCCCACGAUAACGAGAAUAACGGCCACACCGGCCGCCUCGCCCUCGCCACGCCACGCCGCGCGCGCUCUCAUGUUCCUAUGUCGCCGCGCGGCUGCCGCGUCGUGCCUGGUCGCCGCCGUGGCGAUGGUGGUGGUGCUCGGGCUCCCCGUGGUGCACGGGCACGGCGGCGUGGCGUGGCACUCGUUCAAGCAGCUGCUCGACGCGGGGCGAGGGAGCCAUGUCACGGGGCUCGCGGAGCUGAAGCGGUACCUGGCGAGGUUCGGGUACAUGGCGAAGCCGGGGCGUGACACGACGGACGCCUUCGACGAGCACCUCGAGGUCGCCGUGAGGAGGUACCAGACGAGGUUCAGCCUGCCGGUCACCGGCCGGCUCGACAACGCCACGCUCGAUCAGAUCAUGUCGCCGCGCUGCGGCGUCGGGGAUGACGAUGUGGAGCGCCCCGUGUCCGUCGCGCUCUCGCCGGGGGCGCAGGGCGGCGUGGUCAGCCGGUUCACGUUCUUCAAGGGCGAGCCGCGAUGGACGCGGUCGGACCCGCCGAUCGUGCUGUCCUACGCCGUCUCGCCGACGGCCACCGUCGGCUACCUGCCGCCGGCCGCCGUGCGUGCCGUGUUCCAGCGCGCGUUCGCGCGGUGGGCGCGGACGAUCCCCGUGGGCUUCGUCGAGACGGACGACUACGAGGCGGCCGACAUCAAGGUGGGCUUCUACGCCGGCAACCACGGCGACGGCGUGCCGUUCGACGGGCCGCUCGGCAUCCUCGGCCACGCCUUCUCCCCAAAGAACGGGCGGCUCCACCUCGACGCGUCGGAGCACUGGGCGGUGGACUUCGACGUCGACGCGACGGCGUCGGCCAUCGACCUGGAGUCCGUGGCGACGCACGAGAUCGGCCAUGUCCUGGGGCUCGGCCACUCGGCGUCGCCGCGCGCCGUCAUGUACCCGAGCAUCAAGCCGCGGGAGAAGAAGGUGCGCCUCACCGUGGACGACGUCGAGGGCGUGCAGGCGUUGUACGGCUCCAACCCACAGUUCAGCCUCAGCUCGCUCUCCGAGCAGGGCACGUCCAGCUCGUCGCCGCGGCGCUUGCUUGCUGGAUCAGCUAGGCUGCUUUGUACAGUCUUGGUCAUACUUGUGACGCAAUUGUAGAUGAUAGACAUGUUUUUAUAGGCAACAAAAAGAUUUGAUUGGAUUAGAAAGAAAAAAAAAGUGUUAUGCUGUGCAGCGUGAUUCCAUAGAAGAGGAAAUGUCUCUUCUAGUGUGAUAGCACAAUUGGGUGUAGAUAAUUCAAAGAACUGCUUCUCAGUUUCUCUUCUUACAAUAUAUAUAGGCCUUUUAGCAGUCAAAUUAAUACAGAAUAUCCUCCAGUUACUGUACAUGAUCUACUGGUAUCAAGUGUAACUAUGACUUCUCUAUCCUAA